AUGAAUCGCGUACCGGAUGGUUUUGAGCCGGAUUUUCUUGGGUGUUCUUGGGCCCGUUCCCAAGGCAUUGAGGCCUUCACCCCACAAGAUUUCGUCAAGGCGGGGAUGCCCAACACCACGUACAGGCGCCUGAUGGAGAUCCGCAAUAACGAGGCCGGCCAUCUGCGCAUCUUCCAGAACCAAAUCUCGCCGACCUCCAUCAAGCCCGGUCGUUGCCAAUACCGGUUCCCCUUUACUGAGCCCGUUGGGUAUAUGGCGCUGAUGACUGUACUUGAGAUUUCCAGCAUGGCCUUCCUUACGGGUCUGGUGCAGCUUCCCAAGCUCGACUUCAACAAAGGAGCCAUGUUGGCCAUCGCCGAGGUUGAGACCCGCCACGAGGUGUGGGCGCUGCUGGACAUUUGGAAGGCAGAUCCAUUCGGCGGUCCAUCCGACACCAUCUUCCCUUUCGCCGGUGAAAUUCUGGACUCCACCAAUGCAUUCAUUGUCCCUGGAAGCUGUCCUCGUGAGAACCCGGAAUUUCCCCACAACCGACAACGGCUGCCGGCCCUUUCGGCUGGGAAGGACACUGUGAGUCUGACGCCAGGCUCGAGGAUCAGUCUGCACUUUGACGACCCACGUAACCAGCCCUACUUCAACAAGCGCAUCCAGUAUUAUGCCGUGUUCUUUCAUGCAACGGCCAGUAUCAGUGUUCCCAUUAACACGCGUCACUGGCCCCGCGAGGAGAUCUGGGUGACUAUCCCUCGCAACUUUGAGACCAAGGGGGUCAUCGUUGCGUGCGUUGCGGAUCGACAGGGGGCGCCCACAAAGGAGUCGGUCAUUGCUGGUCCAGCUGUCAUCUUGGAACAGCCUGCAACCCUUGCAACGGCUCUCUUGCGUGGCAAGUCGGGUUGAAGAAGAUGACCGGCUUGCUUGAUCAAAGAUGGAUCGAGCGGCGCAUAUAUUAUGCCUGUCGGAAUAUCAUUUUGUACAGAACCUGGCCAGCUUGGUGUUUUGGGCAUGGCUGGGAACAGGCGCUGUUUCUGUUGGCCAUCAAAUCUUUGUUUUAGAAAAAAGACAUGUCUAUAGCCGGGGACAAAGUUAUUGUGUAGAAACA